AUGAGUUCGAAGGCGGUAACGCUGCCCUCUGGGGGAAGCAUGCCUUUACUUGGCCUAGGGACCUGGCUGUCUCCCCCGGGGGCCGUUCAGGAAGCCAUGGAGGUAGCUUUAGAUGCUGGAUAUCAGCACUUCAACUGUGCUUAUUUUGACCAGAGCAAGGCCGACAUCGGAGAAGCCCUUAAAAGGACGAUGGGGGAAGGGAGGCUGAAGAGAGAUGAUCUUUAUGUGGUGAGCAAGCUGUGGAACAUCUUCCACGCCCCACAGGAUGUGAAGCUGGCUUCCCUGGAAACCCUGAGUUUGCUGAAGCUGGAUUACCUGGAUCUCUGUCUCAUGCACUCUCCAAUGGGCAUUGGGAAUAUCAACGGGGAGCUCGUGCCUCAGAAGGACGGGUUGCUUCUGCACUCGGAUGUGGACACCUGGAGGGCGAUGGAGAAGGUGGUGGACAAAGGCCUGGUGAAAUCGGUGGGGGUUUCCAACUUCAACGUCUCCCAGCUGGAGAGGCUGCUGUCUGUAUGCAGGAUCAAACCUGCCGCCAACCAGGUGGAGCUGCACCCCUACCUGACCCAGCCCGAACUCGUGGAGUACUGCAAGUCUAAGGGGAUUGUCCUCAUCGCAUACAGUCCCUUCGGCUGCCCUGCCCUGCCAUGCCCUUUGGGGGAGAACAGCCCUGUGCCCCUCCUGGAGAAUCCCACGAUGAAGGAGAUCGCUCAGAAGCAUGGAAAAACCAGCGCUCAGGUUCUCAUCCGCUUCCACAUUCAGAGGGGCAUCGCCACCAUCCCAAAAAGCAUCACCCUGGCCCGCAUCAUGGAGAAGGCAGAGGUAUAUGACUUUCACUUGACACGCUACGAAUCCAGAUGCUGGAAGGACUAGACUGCAACACGCGAUUUAUUAAAUAGAACCUGCUGGGGAUGGAGACUCACAAACACUUCCCAUUCAGUGACAAGUAACUAUCGCGCCCUAAAGAAAUGGCAAGUCAGUCCUGGAAGAUCCGGUUCCCAGUAAAUCAACUGCAUGUAUUGGCAAGCUUUUGAAAUGAUCCAUAUCAGCCUCUCAAAAUCCUUCUGAAAAUGUCCUAGGCAAGGUAAACUAAAAUCUACUUGCCUACCUGUACACUGGAGCUAAAACUAAUUAUGUUUUAUGUAUCCAUUUUAAGUGACGUGAGAAUGGAGGAGAAGAAUUUUACAAGAGUGAUUUUAAAUAUUUGCUCAGCAAAGGGUAAGGGGGGGAUCUUGAUAAGCUAUUUGUUCUCUGGAGACAGUUUUUAGAUGUGGGGGUAAAGGAUUAGAUCAGGGGUCGGCAACCUUUCAGAAGUGGUGUACCGAGUCUUCGUUUAUUCACUCUAAUUUAAGGUUUGGCGUGCCAGUAAUACAUUUUAACGUUUUUAGAAGAUAUCUUUCUAUAAGUCUAGAUAAUGUUGUCACCACUCAGCUCAUAGAGAGCUGAGAAUAAUAUAUAACUAAACUAUUUUUGUAUGUAAAGUAAAUAAGGUUUUUAACAUUUUUAAGAAGCUUCAUUUAAAAUUUAAAUUAAAAUGCAGAUCCCCCUGGACUGGUGGCCAGUACCUGGGCAGUGUGAGUGCCACUGAAAAUCAGCUUGGCAUGCGUGCCAUAGGUUGCCUACCCCUGGAUUAGACCCUUC